AUGGUUGAUUGCACGAACAAUAAUAAAAAGAGUGAGAACCGUGGCGAGGAUAUCGAGGAAUGGAGUGACGACAUGUGUUUACGUAUAGCUCUUGAGGAUAGUUUUCCCAUUAAAGUCAAGGAGCUAUCGGUCCAGAAAGAUAUUAUAAAUAGGUUUCUCAAUUUUUACUUAUCUGGGAAAGUACAAAAGGGUCUAAGUGCUAAAGAUAUUAUUUUCGCGGUAAUUUCAAUCAUGCCUUGUACUAACGAAUCAGAAAAAUUAAUUUGGGAUAACCAUCACUAUAGUGAAGAUGGUACCUUAUUCUUUUUGACUCCUGAAUGUCAAUUAAGGAAUGAAAUAAAAAGUGUUUUAAUGAAACGUGAGACAAAUUUCACUGAGGACAAAUUAAAAAACCAGGAGGUGCAUAAUGAGCAGAUUAAUCUAACAAAAGUAUUUGUUCGUGAACUAAUUACCAAUGAUUCACGAUGUGAAACAAAUGAUAUUGACGUUUCACUAGAUAAAAUGGACGAAAAAGUUGUACCCGAUAAAACUUCAAAAGAUUUUACCGAUGAUCCAAAGUUCCAAACUAAUGAUGUUGGUAAUCUAUUAAAUACUGAUGAAACGGAUGAAAAUGUUCAAUCACUACCACUUGUAAAAUUAAUUUGGUUCAGAAAAAAACCUUUGUAUAAAGCAAAAAUGAAUACUCAGACCAUAAAGUAUGACCCUGUGAACAAUGCAGCUUUUUGCACAUCUUGUAACAAACUGCUUGAUAAAUGGGACACAAAUACGGAUGCUCGAAUAGACUUAAAAUACUUUUUUGGGAUUGUCGCAUUAAGUCUUAUGCGAAGUAUCGUAAAAUCAUACGAACAUGUUAUGCAAAUGUUCAUGAGUACAUUUCCAGAUAGAUUCGCACAUACCAGAAAAUUUAUUAUUUAUUCACCUCCUUGUGCCAUGUGCGUUAGAAAAACUUUUAAAACGUUUAGAAAAAUAGAUCGUAAAAUUCAAAUUAUGUUUGCUAAAUUAGUUAUUAACUCGAGUACAAAAAAACAUGAAAAAUUUUACCCUCCUCGAAUGAACAUAUUCGAUGCAACUAUAUUGGCGCCUUCAUCAAAUUAUGGAAUGGAAUUAAUAAAUAUGAUACAAGAAGUGGCUUGCCUGUCUGGAUCGAAUUCAUUGAAAUUCGAAGCAUUUCGCUUAGAAGAAACAGCAGUUUCUUGGAAUAGAAUAGAUAAAUUCUUAAAAAAAUAUUUGUACGAGUCUACAUACCAAUCGACUUGUUUCUGGGCGCGAGUCAUUGAUACAGAACAAUUCAAAUAUCUGACUUGCGAAAACAAUUACGAAUUAGCAGUUGUAAUAGCUAGUUUUAUCGUAAGUAGAACUUGUAAUAAUGCUAUAUGGAAUUCUCGUUGGGUUAAGAGUGGAACUAAUUUGGAUAAAUAUAAGCAACUUGGUCAUAAAAUCCACGAAGAUUAUCCAAAGAUUUUUUUCUAAGAUACAAGACCAUUAUUAUUAUAUUUUCCACAGUUAGUUUCCUAUUUGAAAAAUACUAUAAAGUAGUCUGUAUAAUACAAAAAAUUAACAAAAAAAAAAAAAUAAUAACUAAU